AAGUACGCCAGCGUGGAUCGAAUUGCUCAGACGUGCAAGAGGUAAUAACAAAUUCUCACUGUUUUGCUAUCGACCCAACUACUGGGUCUUUAAACAGUGACACUUUUGAACUUUCAAUAAAUUUCAAACUUUCAUUGCCAAAUAAAUAAACAAUAAUAAAUAAACAUUUCAAAUCAAAUUAAAAAGUUGUGACAUAGUUGUGACUUGUGAGUUCUAAUCUUCUAUUAUUGUAUUAUUAUUGUGUAAUUAAUUUCAUGUACUGAUAAAGAACAUUGGAUUAUCAGAUGAUUUCAAAGAUUCUCACUCUCCACCAACAUAGCUACUUAUUUCUCUCAUUUCUGAUUCCUUGUUCCAUAUUCACAUUCAUAAAAAGUUGUGAAAAUAUCACAGUAUAAGAAAUGUUGACAUCUUCACCUGAUGAUUUGAAAAAAUAUGAAGAUAAAACACAAUCCAGGUAAUUUUUUAUUUUGCCAGAUUUCAUUUGAAAAAUUACCAAUCACAUUUCAAUAAACAUUUAUGAUAUGAAUUUUGCUAAACAAUUUCUAGAAUAUACAGUUCUCACUUGUCUACAUGUAUUGUCAAAAUUAUAUUGUUCUGUAAUAACUUUCAUAUUAAGCUGGCUAAGUCCAACAUGGUUGUCAUGGAAUAAAUACUCAGAAAAUAUGCUCAGAACAAUAGAAAAGAAGAUACUCCAAAUUGUGAGAACACCACACCGGGGUUGCUUUGUUGAUAUUGGCCCUGUUGUUGGUCCAGCUGACAAAAUUUGGACACUAUCAUUGAACACUGAAUCACAGAAAACACCCCUGGUACUUCUCCAUGGGUUGGGUGCUGGUAUUGCAUUAUGGUGUUUGAAUUUGGAUGCUUUUGCUGCUACUCGUCCAGUCUAUGCUAUUGAUUUAUUAGGAUUUGGUAGAUCAUCUAGGCCAACUUUCAGCACAGAUAGUAUAGAAGCUGAGCAGCAAAUGGUGAGGUCUCUAGAAGAAUGGAGGAAAGAAAUGAAAUUGAAAGAGAUUAUUUUCCUUGGUCACAGUAUGGGUGGAUUUUUGGCAGCAUCAUAUUCAUUAUCAUACCCAGAGAAUGUGAAACAUUUGAUAUUAGCUGACCCUUGGGGGUUUCCUGAAAGGCCAAAAGAGUAUAAAGAUGUACCAUUUUUGAUAAAAACUGUAUCUUAUAUUAUGAAACCUUUCAAUCCCCUAGCUGGUAUUAGGUUAGCUGGACCUCUAGGACCUUGGUUCAUCAAUAGAGUCAGGCCAGAUAUUUCGAAGAAAUAUUCAAUUGAACUGAAUGAUCCCAAUUUGAUUCCCCAAUAUAUAUAUCAGUGUAAUUCCCAAUAUCCCAGUGGAGAAAGUGCCUUCCGUUCCAUGAUGUCAGAUUUUGGAUGGGCAAAAAAUCCAAUUGUUAGAAGGAUUGAUCAGCUGAGAGCUGAAAUUCCCAUAACACUCUUAUAUGGUUCUAGAUCAUGGAUAGAUCAUUCAGCAGGAGAAAUAAUCAAAGAGAAAAGGAUACAUAAUUAUUUCAAGUUACAGGUUAUCACUGGAGCCGGACAUCAUGUUUAUGCUGACAAACCUGAAAGUUUCAACCAGAUAGUUUUAGAUGCCUGUGAAUACACAGAUUCACUCCAAAACCGAAAUAAUCUUGCAAUAAUGCCUUCAGAAUCAGAUCAACCUGAAAGUGAUAGCAAUUAUUAAAUAUCACAGAUUCAGUCAUCACAUGUACCUAUGAAUAUUUUAUAUUUUCAGUUUUUUAAUUUUGUGAUAUGUACCAGCAUUGCCUAUUAAUUUAGAUUUUUUAAACAUAAAUGAAAUUAUCAAUUAAAUCUUCAUGCAUUAUGUACUAGCACAUAAGAAGUAACUUUAAGUAAGCUACUUUGUUAAUCAUUGUCAAAUUGAAAUACUAAUGCUGAAAAAACUGGCUCAGGGUAAACUGUACAUUAUAAUUUUAUUUAUACAAAUACUUUAUAGGUAUAAUGUUGUAAAUUGUAUUUUUAUAUCAAACAUUCUAGCUGUGAUAAUAAAUUUCACUUAUCAU